UGUGUAGUUCGUCAAUGGCGACUCUCUCAGUCUCUGCUACUCACCCUCUUUCUCUUUCACGACCAGUUUUCCUCUCUCGAAAAUUCAAAGUAAAUGCUUACGGUUUCCCUUUCUUAUCACGAAGCCCUAGCUCUAGGCUUGUCUUCUCUGCAAAUCGAGCUCUCCGCUCCGUUCCGGGGCUUCUUAACUCAACAUCCAUGCCCGAAGAAGUUGGUUCGGAUGAGACCGUAACUCUCCGAGACCUUUGCAGAAACCAUGUCCCCGGCCAUGUAUUACGCAGAGUUGAUGAAGUUGGGUAUGUUAUACCAACUGAUGUACAAAGACAAGCUUUGCCGACUCUGUUCUCUGGUUUCGAUUGUGUGCUUCACGCUCAGACAGGUUCCGGGAAGACACUGACAUAUCUUUUGUUGAUAUUUUCCGUUAUAAACACUCAAAGAUCAGCUGUUCAAGCACUCAUUGUGGUGCCCACCAGGGAACUUGGUAUGCAAGUCACUAAAGUUGCUCGGACUCUGGCUGCAAAGCCUAUGGAAAGUGAUAUGGAGCUGAAAUCCUGCACUGUCAUGGCUCUUUUAGAAGGUGGAUCAUUGAAAAGACACAAGACUUGGCUAAAGGCAGAGCCUCCUACAAUUGUGGUGGCAACCAUAGGGAGUUUAUGCCAGAUGUUGGAAAAGCGUAUUCUUACUCUUGAGUCAAUGCAAGUUCUGGUAAUUGACGAGGUUGAUUUCAUGUUCAACUCUUCAAAAGAAGUUAGUUCUCUUAAAAAACUUUUGACAUCAUAUUCUUCAAUCAAUAACCGCCAGACCAUUUUUGCCAGUGCGUCUAUCCCACAGCACAGACGAUUUGUACAUGACUGUAUACAACAGAAAUGGACCAAGAGCAAUGUAGUUCAUAUCCAUGUCAAUCCAGUUGAGCCCAUGCCAUCGUGUUUACAUCAUAGAUUUGUGAUAUGUCACAAGAACAUGAGACUUCAAACCCUGCUAUCCUUAUUACAGACAGAUGCACCAGAUUCUGGAAUUAUUUUUGUUGGAGAACAGUCCGAAAAGUCAAAGAAGGCAGGAAAUGUUCCCCCAACUACUCUGUUAGUGGAUUUUUUGAUGGCUUCCUAUAAUGGUGAUUCGGAUGUCCUCCUUCUGGAAGAAGACAUGAAUUUUAAUUUGAGAGCAACUUCUUUGUCAGAAUUGAGACAAGGGGGUGGUUAUCUCCUUGUAUCAACAGAUUUAGCUGCCAGAGGGGUUGAUCUGCCGGAAACUACUCACAUAUACAAUUUUGAUCUGCCAAGAACUGUCACCGACUAUCUUCAUCGUGCAGGACGAACAGGAAGGAAGCCAUUUUCAGAUGAGAAAUGUUUUGUCACUAACAUUUUAACAUCGGAAGAGAGGUUUGUAUUGCAAAGAUACAAAAAUGAAUUAAUGUUUAACUGUGAAGAGCUAGUUAUAUAGAGUUUCUUGCAAAGUUGACUUA